AUGAUAUAUUCUCCGGUAUUAACCUUGCCCAUGUUCCUGUAUAACCUACUAGAUGCUGCUCGUUCACCAGAUCCACCAGUAUUUACCGAUGUGCAACGGUACCCAUGCAUUUGUUACCUCCCACCAGACUCGGGAUUAUGUCCAACCGAAGAAACAAACGAUGAUACGAUAGGCAGGAGUGAAUUGCAGGUGCGCUAUUACUUUGAUCCAGUUACCGAGAAAUGUUAUCCAUUCGGUGCUCAAAGUUGCGGCGGUAAUGAAAAUCGUUUCGAGAACCUUGGCAAAUGUCAGAGUGUUUGCACAAAACACAAGUAGAUUCGAUCUAGAAAGUUUGACAGUAAAGUCUGCCACAUUCCGAAGUUGAAUGGUAUGAUAUAACUUCUUCCGCAAUUUUGUAAUAAAGCGUGCUAAAUUACC